AUGAGUUUGAUCCGAAGAUUUUUACUGGUAGUCCUUCCACAAGUGUUGGCACCCUUUGUCAUGACGGUGCAUCUUUUGGAUGUUUGGCGGGCGCAGGCUCGCCUGUUGACUUCAGGCGAUCAAUAUCAGCUCAAUGCCGAUGCCACUGCCACUAUGAUGAGUCAAAGUACUUCACCAGUCCACCUUUUACCCACAGAAUCAACACAAGAUGAUGAUCCGAAUCACGCCAUAAUCCCCCCGUUGGAUCCUGGUUUUCCCUUGGAACCAAAUCCCCGUCCUCCCUUUGAGUCGAUCGUCCAGGGUUGGAACAUUACAGGGGAUUCCUCGUGGCUGUUGAAUGUGGCCAUUAUUGGGUUUCCGAAGACGGGCACUUCCACGUUGAUGAAGUAUCUGCACAAGAGUCCCCAAGUGCAUGUCUUUGAUAAAGAACGCUGUGAAAUGGGAUACAAUCAACAUGCACGUCUCAUGGAGAGUUUGUACAAGGAUAUUCCUCCGGGUCCUACACUACGAGGAAUCAAGUGUCCUCGAAAUUUGGAAUCCCACGUGGCACUCCAGAAUUAUCAAACCUUUUUUCCAAAGACAGACUUUUUGGUAGGACUACGACAUCCUGUGCUCUGGUUUGAAUCCUUUUACAACUUUAGAGUCCACAAUUAUGCCCCGAUGAUGCCAGCACAAUACCACACAGGAUUAUGUACAAGGGGACAUCAUGGAGUGUGUACCUUUCGAGGAAACUUUCAUUUGUUCCUCGCCAAUCUGGGAAAAACCAAUAUUACAUCCAAUCCAGCAGAACGAGCACUGAUUCCACGCCAAUAUCAAAGCCGGAUUCAACCCAUUCCCUUGCAAGGACGAAUCUUUUUGUGGGAUGUUUCACAACUCCAAACCGAUCCAGAAUUGCUGCAAAACAACAACAACCAUUCAUCCUUAUCAUUACAACAACACAGCAAUCUCCAAUUCCGACAGGACUUGCAACAAUUUCUUCGAUUGGACCAUCCACUUCCCGAAAUGAUCAAAAUCAAACCGGGAAUUCAUCAUCCCAACAAUCACACCGCCAAACAAGUGGCGGCAAAAAAAAUUGAUAUUUGCCAACCACAAUAUCAAUCUCUUCGCGAUAUACUCAUGACACAGGGCAAGCUGGCAGCCACAUGGAUUCGAGAGUACUUUUUGGAGGCACCGGGAGUGUAUGUGUCGCAAAAGGAGUACUUCUCUCAAGUCAUUCUGAAACAAUGGGAACAAGAUCCUUGUGAAUUCCGACAUGUGGAUACACAACCCACUGCAACUUGA